GAAGUCGUCCCCUUUGACCCCGGAAGUUCCCCCUGCUACUGGAGGCGCAGUUCCGGUUAGGCGGCAGAGUUUGUUUACGUUGCUCUCAGAUCUAGCGGUUGCAUACCCCAGCUCAGCCUCCAAAAUGGGGAAAUCCUUCGCCAAUUUCAUGUGCAAGAAGGACUUUCAUCCUGCUUCCAAGUCCAACAUCAAAAAAGUUUGGAUGGCAGAACAGAAAAUAUCAUAUGAUAAGAAGAAACAAGAAGAGUUAAUGCAACAAUAUCUAAAAGAACAAGAAUCAUAUGAUAAUAGAUUGCUCAUGGGAGAUGAACGUGUAAAGAAUGGCCUUAAUUUCAUGUAUGAGGCUCCACCAGGGGCUAAAAAAGAAAACAAAGAGAAAGAAGAAACAGAAGGAGAGACCGAAUACAAAUUUGAAUGGCAGAAAGGGGCCCCACGAGAAAAAUAUGCCAAAGAUGACAUGAAUAUCAGAGAUCAGCCCUUUGGUAUUCAGGUUCGAAAUGUGAGAUGCAUUAAAUGUCACAAAUGGGGUCAUGUCAACACAGAUCGAGAAUGUCCUUUGUUUGGUCUUUCUGGAAUUAAUGCAAGUUCAGUUCCCACUGAUGGCUCAGGGCCAUCGAUGCACCCCUCGGAGCUAAUAGCGGAGAUGAGAAACAGUGGGUUUGCGCUGAAACGAAAUGUACUGGGGAGAAACUUGACCGCAAAUGAUCCAUCACAGGAGUAUGUUGCAAGCGAGGGUGAAGAAGAUCCAGAAGUUGAAUUUUUAAAGUCACUAACAACCAAACAAAAACAGAAACUCCUCAGGAAAUUAGAUCGACUUGAGAAGAAAAAAAAGAAAAAGAAAAAAGAUAGAAAAAAGAAAAAGCUUCAGAAGAGCAGAAGUAAACACAAAAAACAUAAAAACAAGCCCUCCUCCUCCUCCCCCUCCUCCUCCUCCUCCUCCCCAUCCCCACUGUCGUCCUCCUCCUCUAGUGACAGUUCAGAAAGCAGCAGUGAGAGCAACGGCAAAGGGGCAAAAAUACAGAAGAAGAGAAGAAAGAAAAACAAGCGUUCAGGGCAUAACAACAGUGAUUCUGAAGAGACAGGCAAGUCUAAGAAGAGAAAACGAGAUGAGGAACGCUCUUGCAGUCACAGUAACAAGGAAAAGCCUAAGUUUUUAAAACAAGAGAGUUCUGGGGAGAAUAGCAAACGGAGCCAUUCUGAUUCUGACAGAAAGCCCAGAAGCCAUGACCGGAGUCCAGGGAAGAGAGGAUCUGGAAGAAAGGAGAGGAGCAGCAGGAGCCAGAGCAGGGAUGAGAGGAGCAGGAGAAGCCGGAGCAGAAGUCACGGUAGUUACAAGCCAAGAGAAAUAAGGAAACGGCCACGGCGCAGUCCAAGUGAAGAUCGGGACAGAAGAAAUGACACCAGAUGCCAUGGCGCGGAUACGUACAGAGGAGGGCAAGUGCACAGAGAGCAUUAUCGGGAGAUAAGCAUACUGGAGUGACCGCAAAAGAAUGGAGCAGAGGUAGAGAACAGAGAGACUUCCAUGCGACGAUAAACUGCAAAGAAAAACAUCUCCACUUUUUUCUCGAAUACCUUUAGCAAGGGCUAAAUUGUAUACUGUUGUCUUUCUAAUAAGAAGCUCUACUUUAAUUUUUCAUCUCUGUAAACUGUUACAUCAAGUACAAAAUUACAUGAAUCCCAUAAGAAUAAACUUUGCAAAUAUUUGUAAGUAAUCUAUUUGGAGGCUGUAAAAACAUAUUCUGUUGACAAAUGUUUCUUGUACCCUAUACUGAAAUAAAAACCCCUUAUUACUCUGUGACAUUUUCAUCAUUAAAAGAAUGACAGUACAUUGAA